CGGUCCACUUUCCAAUUUGGGUAAACAGCAUUUCACCAUUUCCGGCAACCGACUUGAAGCCUAUCCGUAUUCUCUUGAAGUUUGGGGCUCUCAUAGUUUUCGAGGUUUUCAACUCACUUCUUUGUCACCUUCCUCUAUAUACUAUCCUUACAAGAUAUUAUCAUAUCAGAUUCACCACCUAGGGUUUGCUUUUUCCUCCCCAAUUCACUUACUUCCUCUAUAUUUUCUCAAUUUUUGAGAUUUGAUUCCUGUUUAUCGCCUUAAAACCCCUCAAGGUUUGAUUUUUACUUGUUAUUCGUUGAUUAUCCGUUUACCCUUUUUGUUUAAUUACGUCAGAUUAGGUUAAAGCUGUGAUUUUUGUACAGAUUAGGUUUAAUUGAGUUGUUUUUGAUAUAUCAAGAUUGGAAUAAUAGAUGAGUGAAGGUUAAUUCGGUUGUGAAUAAUGGAAUACCCUUCACCAACAAAAGAUAAACCUAUGGGCUUCUGGGCUUCACCUAGGGCUCAGAUGGAUAGUUCUGCACCUUUAGAUGGGUUUGGUAGACCCGAAGACCCGUUGUUUAACGGGUUUAACGGGUUUUCCGAGCUUAUGAACUUUGAUACUUAUGCUGGGUGGUGUACUAGUCCUACUGCUGCUGAUCAGAUGUUUGCGUCUUUUGCGCUGUCGGGUGGUUAUCCGCCUUAUGAUUAUUCGAGCUUUACGGAACAAGUUAAGGGGGGGUUUAUGCCAACUGAUGCCCCGAUCAUACAAAGUUUAAACAACGGCGGUGAUUUUGUGUUACCUGUGGAUUCUGCGGAUGAAAAGGGCGGUGCUUCUCAACAGAAGGAUGUUCAAGAGACGGGAAACGGUAGCGUUCAGAAGUCACCGUCGACGUCACUUGCUGAAAAGAUGUUAAAGGCGUUGUCUUUGUUUAAAGACUCGUCUGGAGCGGGGAUUUUGGCGCAAGUUUGGGUUCCGAUUAAGGAAGGUGAUAAGUAUAUAUUGAGCACUUGUGAGCAGCCGUACCUGCUUGACCAGGCGUUGGCUGGAUACCGUGAAGUAUCUAGAGGAUUCACUUUCUCUGCUGAAGUGAAAGCCGGUGAUUUUCCAGGGCUUCCGGGCCGGGUUUUUACCUCGAAAGUUCCGGAAUGGACUUCGAAUGUGGCCCAUUACAAUAAAGGUGAAUACAUGCGUAUAGAUCAUGCGCUCAGUCAUGAAGUACGCGGGUCAAUUGCUGUACCUGUUUUUGAAGAUGACUCGUUUGAGAAAUCUUGUUGUGCUGUACUUGAACUUGUUACAAUAAAAGAGAAAGCUGAUUUUAGUGCUGAGAUGGACCGUGUUUGUCGAGUCCUUGCGACUGUAAACCUGAAAAGUGUUGCACCUCCCCGACUUCAUAAGCAGUGCCUGUCACAAAACCAAAUGACUGCAUUGGCAGAAAUUACCGACGUUCUCCGAGCUGUAUGUCAUGCACAUAGAUUACCAGUUGCUCUAACAUGGAUACCAUGUAGUUACAACGAACAAGGUGGUGACGAAAUCAUUAAAGUACAAGUCGGAGGGCGUAAUCGUAAUUCAACCGAGAAGUCUAUUUUAUGUAUUCAAGCAGAUGCCUGCUACGUUAACGAUAGAGAAAUGCAAGGUUUUGUGCAAGCGUGUAGUGAGCAUCAUCUCGAAGAAUCACAGGGUAUUGCAGGAAAAGCGCUUCAGUCGAAUCAUCCGUUUUUCUUCCCUGAUGUGAAAGAAUAUCAUAUAAACGAGUACCCACUUGUUCAACACGCUAGAAAAUAUGGUUUAAAUGCUGCUGUUGCAAUUAGGUUAAGGAGCACGUAUACGGGUGACGAUGAUUAUAUACUUGAGUUUUUUCUUCCGGUCAACAUGAAAGGGUCAACAGAACAGCAACUUUUGUUGAAUAACUUAUCGAGUACAAUGCAGCGGAUUUGUAGGAGUUUGAGAACUGUUUCUGAUGCGGAAUUAUCAGGUGUAGCGGGGCCCGGUGUUGGAUUUCGUAACCGUCUCGAUGAAAACCAGUUGUCGACUACUGCUGAUCAAGUUUCUGUAAAUGCAACCGAGUCAAGUAGCACUUGGACAGGAGCAAGUGCACCUGAUCAGACGGUUGGUGGAUUAAGACGACAGUCUGAGAAAAAACGGAGUGCUUCAGAGAAAAACGUUAGCUUAAGUGUUCUACAACAAUACUUUUCUGGAAGCCUUAAGGAUGCUGCUAAAGCCAUCGGAGUGUGUCCUACUACACUAAAAAGGAUAUGCCGACAACAUGGUAUCUCCCGAUGGCCGUCAAGAAAAAUAAAUAAGGUAAACCGUUCGUUACAAAAGAUACAAACGGUUCUUGAUUCUGUUCAGGGAGUAGAAGGAGGGUUAAAGUUUGACCCGACAACAUGUGGUCUUGUAGCAGCAAGUGGUGUCAUCCAAGAUCUCGAUGCACAAAAAGGUUCAGUUUUUUCCAAUAAUACCCCUGAAGGUGGUACAUCACCGUCACCAUGUUUUAAUAACGAAAGCGCGAUUGUAAAACUUGAAGAUGAAUGUUACAAGGGGGUGAACAAAUUAAAACUGUCCAAUGAUGAAUAUUGUAGUCCAGUUGACGGUCAAACGAAAAGAAAAAAGUCAAACCCCCAUUUACUCUCACAAAGCUUGACCUCCAUGGCGAACGGUGAUGAUAUGGAUACAUCAAUGAAUGACGAUCAUGACCGUGAUCGUGACCGUGACCGUGAUCAUAACCAGUCGACUUCUUCAGGCAUGACGGAAUCAUCAAACGGCUCAAUGGUGAAUGGAAGUUCAUCAAGUUCUCCAAGUUUCAGUGGCCUUAAAAACGCUAAAUCCGAUACAACAUCGUGUGACGAAGGAUCUAAACUUACUGUAAAAGCGACAUACAAAGAAGAUACGGUUAGAUUCAAGUUCGAACCAACUUCCGGUUGGUUCCAGCUUUACGACGAAGUUGCGAAAAGGUUUAAGAUACAAACCGGCACGUUUCAGCUCAAAUACAAAGAUGAUGAAGAGGAAUGGGUUUUGUUGGUGUGCGAAUCCGACUGGAACGAGUGUCUUGAAAUUUUGGAUUUUCAAGGGACCCGCACUGUGAAAUUUAUCGUUCGCGAUGCUACGUUUGCUACGGGCAGCUCGGGCGGUAGCAACUGUUUCUUGAUGGGAAGUUGUUAAGAUGACACGAUUUCCGAAAAAUCGUGAUCUUUUUUCUGGUAAAUUUUAAUAAAAAUGGUUGUUGUGAUAUCAGUUGAAGAGGUAAAGGGACAUGGAUAUAUUGUUUUGGUGUUAAGGGGUGUGGAAUUUGAAUAAUCAUGUAUGAUAAUAAUGUUGUCACAUUACAUGUAUAGUGUAUGGAGAAGAUAGGAGUAGUGGGAGAUUUUUAUUUGUUUAAAUAUAUGUUGACUAUUUUGUUCAAACAAAUGGUCAAACCAUAUCUCAAUAUUAUUAGUGUCAUAAUAUUUAUUUUCUUAUAAGUUA